GUUGAGGCGAUGAAGACGUUAUUGCCGGGCACACUCAUCGGCUUCCUUCUUGUUUUCUCCGCCCUUCAAAGCCGAAGAAUCUCCCCAUCAGCUGUUGCGGCUGCAGAUGAGCACCAGGCGCUUCAUGCUGCGGCCGACUCCCGUCCACGAUCAUCGCCCGACAGCUCUUCGCAUCUCCCACCUGACGGUGCACCAUCCCGGCAGGCAGCUCCACCCGGGCCGCAUAGAUCGGACCAGAGCAAAAGCUGGUGGUCGCUUGUGAGGGCGCUGCUCGGCAUGAUGGGCAAGAGGACACACCAGAGCGACGUCAGCGAUGCAUCGGACCAUGAAGGCGAUCCCGAUGGCACGGCUGAGAGCGGCGUGAGUGACGAGAAUGGUUCGGAGGACUUGCCAAUCUCGCCGAAGCCUGGUUUCUGGGCAUCGUUUGAGCGGCCUGCGACUCCCGUCGGCUCCCUCCCGCCACCCCUUUCGUCCCCCUCUGCGUCGCCACCUGCUGCCGCAGCAUCAACCAAGGCCCCAAGUGACCAUGAUGUUGCUGCAGCGAAAAGUCCCUGUCCCUCAAGGAAUCCGUUUGCGAGGACAGCAGAUGGCAAGUCACGUUUGGCACUGGUUGCGUCGCCACAAGAUGCCAGCCAGGGACGAGCAGAUCUGGAUGAGCACGAUGGCGAUGAUGUGGCGGAGUGGGGGAGGAGCAGAAAACAGGUGAGGGAGCUCACCAAGCCAUUGAUGUAGACACGCCUGUGUGCCUACCAGGCCAGAAACACAAGUGGAUAUGUCGAAUCCUGUGUGGUUGUGUUGUGCGUUCCUCAGGGUUUUCGCCUCACAGCGGCCCACUCCCGUCCCCCUUACCCAUCCUCACCCAACCCCUAUUUUGCAACCGCUUCAGCCCCCUCACGCAAGCCCGCCGACCGCCCUGUUGCCUACACCACCAUUCCGCCUCUUAUCGAGCCGCCAAAUCAGCCGGCAGCAAGACCAGCCAAGUGGACGCCUCAUGGCAAGACAGACAAGGCGGCUCUGAUCCGGAGGGAGCCGCGAUUAACGUUUCGCGGUUUCUGUCACGGCUUGGUGAUGGAGGCGGUCAGGCUCUGUCGAGGCAGCAGAGAAAAAAUGGGGCCGCCGGCGCCGGUUGCAGAGAAGACCCUGCGUGGCAAGCAGGUCGAUGACGGCCAAGCGGAGGUAGAAAGCGGUUUCCUCUCGCCAACGCCAUCCGCUCCCCGCCCUGCCAGCGGGGGACAGCCGCCACCGCCCACAUGCAGCUCUCUCGAGUGGCUGAAGGUCGCCUCCACGCCACAGUGCGUCGACGCUGAUCGAGAGGCAGAGGAGAGGCGAGCUGAGGCUGAGGAGCCGGCCUGUCCCGUUGAGACAGCAUGGGCAGUCAACAUGGGUCUCUGGCAGACGAGCAAGGACGGCCUGUGGGUCGGCCACGGCUGUCCAGCACACAGGCCAAGACACCCGCCGCCCCCUGUCCCACCCCCCUACAACGCCACCUACUGGAGCAGGGCGAAACGGUGUGCGAAACGGCGAUUGGUGGACGUGGUGACCAAGUGCCAGUGGCCCGAGAGCCGCGCCAACGGCAGCAUUCUUAGGGAGAUGGCCUCGUGGCUGCCGGCCUUCGUGCAGGGGCUGCUGGGCACUGAGGAUGAGCCUCAGAACAAGACAGACCUUCUCACCGUGAGGAGCGAGCUGGUCUCCUCGCCGCGGGCCGUCCAUCCUUCGGCCAUCGACUGCUCCGUGCGGCUGCCAGAGGUGCACCAGAGCCAGUGCAACGGCACAGCAUCGGUGUCUGACGGACUGUUGGCCGAGAACGACACGGGCAAGGACGAUGGCGGCCAGUUCUGCCCCAACGCCAUGUGUCGGCGGCUGUGGGCGAAAGGGGUGGAGGUGCCCGGGCGACCGAUGCGGUUCAUCGGGGGAAUGGCCUACCCGCGGAGCUACGAGUCUCGCUUCGACUUCGCGUCGCAGGACGCUGGGGCGAGAAUAGUGGACUUCUCCCCGCACAUCAAGAACGUCAGAUCCGUCCUGGUGAGUGAUUGGGUAGGGUAAGGUGGUGUCUUGUAAAUCUCUCUCUCUCUCUCUCUGUGGGUAUCGUGGUGUGUCAGUCGCCGGAUGACGACCGCUACCUGUUGGUGCCUUGCAAGGCUCCCACGUGGUUUGUCAUCGCUCUGACGGAUGACAUCAACCUCGAGCAGCUGGCCCUCAUCUCCCUCGAGUACUACGCCUCGGGCUUCAGGUGACUGCCACCCACACAUACACAUACACACCAUCUUUGGCGCACAGAGAUGGACUGACUUGGAUUGUUCCAAUGGUGUGUGCCCGACAGGCACCUUCAGAUCUUGGGCAGCUCCAACUAUCCGACGACCGAUUGGCGGAUGUUGGGAGAGAUCGAGACGACGCCCUUCCUGAACAAGGAGCUGUUCGACCUCAAGCCAUACUGCAGCCACAUCAAAGACAAGGGCUGCUGGGUCAGGUCAGCCAAUGAGCGACGCAGGCAGACUGACUGACUGAUCGUCGAUCAGUCAGUAGUGUGUCUGUGUCUGUGUGUGCGUCAGGUAUCUCAAGGUGCGUGUGCUGUCGCACCACCGUGACGAGCACAACUACUACUGCGCCCUCACACGCAUCCAAAUAUUCGGAACCACAGUCUUCAGCAGGUAGGUAUUUAGGCACCAAGAGCAAACCACCGCCAACAGAGCACAGCACGUCCAGUCCAUCAAUCUCUGUUCUACCUCACCGCCGUGGUUCAGCCUUCAAUCGGAGCUGUCUGACAUCGAGAGCAAGGAGGACACCGCUGACAGCCCCGACGCGCAGCCGACGGACGCCCCCGCCCCGCCGCACAUCGAGGCCGCCCUCACCGAGCUCGAGACCACAGCCGCAUCCCUUCUCAGAAAGGCUGACCAGAAAGUGACCACACUGGCACAGUGACCGAGCCGACACGCACACGAUCUGUUUGUUGUCUUGUUGUCUGCCAGGUGUCGCAGCUAUCUGGAUCUAAGUCUCCUGUCAGCCACCACGCAUCAGCCCCCGCCAACCGCUCUGACGCGGCCACCCCCCGAGGCGGCCCGGUGAAAGCACCCAAGCCACGGGACACCCCACCACCUCCUGAGAGCAAGAAGGCCACAGACACCGAGGAUGAGGGAAGGGACCAGUCCCAGACAGCGGGAUCUCCCAGCUUGGCGGACCUGCUGUCGUCCCUCAACCUCGAGCAGCACGAGCACUGGGACUACCGCCCUCCCCUCUCUGCCCCGCCAUCCAUAUCUCCCUCCCCGCCCAUCCACCACCAGGCGCGUGUGCCGGUGCCGAUGCACGACAUGCUGCAGCGCCACUCGUACCUGAUGGAGACCACACUCAAGAAAUACGGCACACUCAGCGACGACUUCAUGGACUGGCUCGCCGGCAGGUGGGCGUCGGGGCCGGGUGCCGCCCCCGGACACCCGCCCCCGCCGACAGUCGACCCCGCGUUGGCUAACAUGUCCCUCGCACCGGCGACGGCCACACCCACAGCCCCACAGCCGGCAGAUGGGCUGGCGCAGCUGUUUGGGCUGCUGGGAGGCCAUCAGGCGGUGCUCUAUCCCAGCGCUCUCAGCCAGCACCAUCCCCACCCGUCAUGGGCGGUGAAUGGGGGUGCUGCCACCGGGUCAGCGGGGGAGAACAGGGGGGGCGGCUCGGCGGCUGCGGAUGGCGGGGGCUCUGCUGGCGGACAGGGACAGGCCAACACACACCAUCCACAUCCACAUGCCCAUCCGCAUGUACCUCCCAAGGACACGCACAAGACAACUGGUAGGUAGCCCGACCCUGCAAGCAAGGACACGACACAUACGUGUGUGUGAAGGACCUCUGGUCUGUGGUGUGUUCAGCUGCGAGUGACCGCGGCCAUGUGUUGCUGACGCUGGUCGACCGCAUGAAGAGUGUGGAGAUACAGACACACACCGUCCGCAACAGGACCUUCGAGCUACUGGGCGCCCUUCAGCACCACGAGGCCCACCUGGCCUACCUCGGGGGCGUCUCCCUCUUCACCCAACACGCCGUCGACUUCCAGUUCUCACGGCUCCUCGAGAUCGAGACGCGCAUCGAGGAGCUCGCCAGAGAAGUGGCCUUCCAGCAGUACGGCCACCGCCCAAUCACGUGGCCGCUGCACAAGAACCCCUUCAUGCCAAGGGGCGACCCACAGCUGCCUUCCGCCGGCAAGACCACGCCAUGGUACGGCUUUCAUCCUUUCGCUUCGUUCAACGCCACGGGGGCCAAGCCAUCGCGGGACCAGCCGGGGGCGGGCCAGGGGGACAAGAGGGGAGACGGAUUCCGAUAUGGCGACCGGACGCCUUUUGACGAUUUGCAGGCAUUGCUGGAGAGUGUGAGGCGGUUUGCGGCGGCGGUUGGGAGUCUGUGGCCAAUGAAGUGGGGAGGGUGGCAGGCUGGGCGGCCGAUUGAUGGUGCUGGUGCUGGCAGCGGUCCUCCUCCGACCGUGGUCCGGUCGCCCCCGAUCGGCUGGGACCGCUUCCUCAUUUAUGUGGUGCUCAUGCUGCAGCUUGUACAGCUAUUCCGGUAGGUUACGCGCACGAGGCAAGAGGCAGCCCCCCUGCAUGGCCGUGGAUGUCACCCUCCCCCCCAUGUGUCGCAUUGCAUGCAGGUCAUCCGAGCUCCGUCUACCCCUGAUGCGCCGCACCUCCCAAACUGGCCGUCUGCAGCGCUCCCAGUCGCUGCCAUCCAGGCUGAAGCUCACCAUCACCACACCGUCACGACUGCUGCCGACCCAACUACCGUCACGGUGGCCAAGCUGGGAGCGGCUCGGCAAGUCGGCACUGCUGUCCAUCGUCGAGUUCUUCAUGGCCAGGCUCGAGCAGCUCAGACGGCCCCUGCAGAGGGGUGUUGACGGCGAGCACUGGCGACAGGGCAGAGCGGUGUCACGAGAGGAAAUGGGUGAGGGGAGAGGCGACGUGCAGAUGACCGAUUCCCGCGUCGCUCGCGCUUCCUACCGACAGCGCACCGUCGGCCACCCUGACCAGCUGAAAAGCACCAGGCUAGAUCCGCGGACAACGGGACCGCCUGACGUGCGAGAUGCAGCCAUCGCGCGGUGGACGGGCGGGAGGCGCCAUCUGGGCGGCGGCGCACACCGGCAUGUGCGCAGGAGGAGAGAUGAGGGCUCGGGUGCCGUGAGGGGCAAGGGGGAGAGUGAGGGCAGCCCUCCGCCAUUCAUCACGCUGGCCAACCUCAGCCAGGACAAGACCUCGGGGCUGCCGCCAAUGCCGCCAAAACGGGCGAGAAGACGCCCAACAGCGGUCAGCAAGCGACCGAAUGAAUAGCCACGACGACACAUACACACACAUCACAUGCUGUCUUGUUUGUGUGAUGGGAUGUCCUGGCUCAGGACCCCUCUAGCCACGCCAAUGGCGGCCACCCCGACACCCGGUCUCUGCGCACAGUCAGCACGCCCCCCGGCACCGAUGACGACGAGAUGGAUGGCGAUGAGGAUUCCUUUGCCGGCGGCGAUAGGUCGCCCACACACUCCGCCUCUCGCAGCCAGGUCAGCGGGCUGGAGGCGGUGCAGACCGAUGAGGACGACAUGCACCCCCGGUCGAGCAAGAAGAUGCGGGUGGUCCCGAGUAUUGAUGUGGACGACUCCCCGGCCCAUGUGCUGCAUCGCGACGGCUCGCGAGAGAUGCUCACCGUGGUGUCGGCCACCAGCCGGGCGAGCCAGCCGUCGUACUUCUCCGCCUCGGGGGAGGAAAGCCAGACGGACAGCAGGACGCCACGGCAUUCAAUUAGGCGACACCAUCACCGCACUAUGUCGGGCCGCCACCCCCACGCCCAUCCCCAGCCGGCGCCUCCGUCUUCGCCCCCGUUGCUGCCCUUCUCCCCUUCCCCCUCGUCGGUCCCAUCAUCGCACUAUGAUGACCGCCACACCCUCGCCAGCCACUUCGGUCAGCUGAGCAGCAAUGCCGACGUCAUGUCGGCCGUGUCGGUGCCACUUUCUUCCGAGGAGGGCUCGCCGACUGUGGUAAGCGAGCUGAGUGCGCGGAGGCCUCAGCAGCUGCGGCUGCAGACGCCGCCAAGGGAGAUUGAGGGCGGCACACGAGAGACGGAAGAGGUGCGUGUGGAUAAUCGACACAACACAUGGGUGGCCCGUGUGUAUGUGUGUGUCCCAUGUGUGUGCCAUGUGUGUUGGAUGCAGGAUUCGUUUCACUGGUCGUUGGAUAGCCCUCCCCCGCAGCCCGCCAGCACCACCAUCGACGCUGACCAGGUGCAGCCGGCCAUAGGGGCACCAGUGGUGCCGACAGAUGGGCUGCCGGCGGUGCCGAGGCCACAGGCCUCACAGGCCUCACAGGAGGAGGAGGAGCAGCCGACAGACAGCGAGCCGUGAUGUGAUGACAGACAGGGAAGAGCAGCAGACAGCUGAGAGACCUGUGAGUGAGUGUGUGUGUUAUGUCGGUAAUGAAAUGACUGUGUACAGCAGAGGAGAGGAGAGGAGACUGUGUGUGGCUCGGUGUGACUGAUAGACAGUAUCCAUCAAUCAGUGUCGUCGUCUCGUCUUUGUAUGUAGGAGGGAGAGAGGGGCGGCAGAGAGGGCAGAGAGGUGUGCGUCUGUCUGUCUGUCUUGGUGUGUGUGUGUGAGGAUACCGAUGUCAUGACCGACCGACCUGCCUGGUGAAUGGAUGAAUGAAUGCCCGUGGUCUGGUCGAAUGCAUCUCGCAUCUGUUUGCCAAUGGUUUGACUUCUCGAGAUAGGAUGGUAUGGAUUCAAGUCA